ACGCUGGAAUGAGUCAAUCAGCGGAUGAUACUGGUUUAGCUGACGAACGAAGGAGCGCAGAAGAAGCUGCUCAGACGGAGAAAUGUAGAGGAAGGACUGGGGCGCACUCAAGGGAUGCAUUAAGUAUGUAAAAUUACCAAAAGAAAUGAUAGCAGCAAGACAAAGAGAGCGAAGCAUGAAUUCCAAGCCAUUCUCCGGCUCUACCUAAUAACAACAAGAACCCAAAGGCUCAAACAUAAAGCAAAGCCGAUCGUGUUCGAAGCGAUAAUUGCGAGAGUGCAUGGCUAGCCUGGAAGAAAGCAAAGCAACGGGCAGACAAUAUUCUAAAAAUCCAUAAGUGACAAAUCAAGAGCACAAACGCUUGGGAGAAAUGCGUCCUGUGCAACUGCUAAGAGAAUUCUGAAAUCCGAGGAAGUGGCAAAAGUCAAGGCACUCAAGGAGGAAAAUAAAGGAAAUGUGUGGACAGAGCAUAACCACUUGUAGCAGCUGAUGAACACUGUACAAUGCUGAUCUUUAAUCAGGAUCAUAGCCAGCAGGAGGGGAAAACUAAUUUCCUAGACUUUAAAAAAUGCCUGGGCAACACACGAUCUCUGAAGACAUUCCACUGGGCUCCAAGAUGCCUCUGAACACAUCUGACAAUGGAUCUAUGCAACCAGUUUCUGGCACCCUGCGCUGGGCGGCUCUGCUCAUGCUGAUGGUCAUCAUACCCACCAUUGGGGGUAACAUUCUCGUCAUCCUGGCCGUCUCGUUGGAAAAAAAGUUGCAAUACGCCACCAAUUAUUUUCUCAUGUCUCUGGCCGUGGCUGAUUUACUGGUUGGUCUGUUUGUGAUGCCACUAGCCCUUCUCACCAUAUUGUACGAGAUGACGUGGCCUCUCCCGCAGGACCUGUGCCCUGUCUGGCUGUUCCUUGAUGUCCUCUUUUCCACAGCCUCCAUCAUGCAUCUCUGCGCCAUCUCGCUAGACCGUUACAUCGCCAUAAAAAAGCCUAUCCAAGCUAGUCAGUACAACUCGCGGGCGACAACACUUAUCAAAAUAACAGUGGUGUGGCUGAUCUCCAUAGGUAUUGCCAUCCCAAUCCCUAUCCGUGGCAUAGAAGAUGGAGUUGAGAACUUCUCCAACUUCACCUGUGUCCUAAGCCCCGGACGUUUUGGUGACUUCAUCCUCUACGGUUCCGUGGCUGCCUUCUUCAUCCCUCUGGCCAUCAUGGUGGUGACUUAUUUCCUCACUAUCCGGGUGCUACGCAAGAAAGCCUACUUGAUCAACAAGGCACCGCAGCGCUUGACCUGGAGUACAGUGUCCACCGUCUUCCAGAGGGAUAUGACUCCUGGAUCAUCACCAGAAAAAGUGGCCAUGUUGGAUGGAUCGAGGAAGGACAAACCCUUGCCUAAUGGGAACGAAGAACCGCUAAUGCGCAGGACAUCCACGGUGGGGAAGAAGUCGGUUCAGACAAUCACCAAUGAACAACGUGCUUCCAAAGUCUUGGGGAUCGUAUUCUUCCUCUUUCUGUUGAUGUGGUGCCCCUUCUUCAUAACCAAUAUCACUUCUGUACUGUGCACAUCUUGUGACGAGAAAUUCAUCCAAAAACUUAUGGAGAUAUUUGUUUGGAUAGGAUAUGUUUCAUCAGGUGUGAACCCACUGGUGUACACUCUUUUCAACAAGACGUUCAGAGAGGCCUUUGGCAGGUACAUCACUUGCAAUUACCAAACCUCAGCUCCUGGAAAUGCUCUCCGGAAAUGUUCCAGCAGACUCUCCUUCAGGAAUUCUGUGGCCGAGAACUCAAAACUGUUUAUGAUGCAUCAUGGAAUGCGCAAUGGGAUUAACCCUGUAAUGUACCAAAGCCACAGGCUUUGUAGCUCACCAAUUCAGUCCUCAUCAGCCAUUCUGCUUGAUACCCUUCUACUUACAGAGGACGAAGUGGAUAAAACAGAAGAGCAAGUCAGCUACGUAUAGCUAGGUGGAAAAGACGAGCCAUACCCUGAACUUAUUGACAAAUGCUGGUGCGUGCAUGGUUUCAUUCCUUAUUUAUACAAAUCCCAAUUACUGUUUCAACUCUUUGUCCUCUAAAUGUGGGAGGGGGCUCCUUUUGCCCCAGACCAAAUCCAUGUAUUGCAAAUGAACACCAAUUCAACACAUUACAAAAAAAAACCCUCCCACAAAUAUUUGAGUGCUGUAGUUACAUAAAUGCAGAAGUUCAAA